CGGCUGCGGAGGUAGCGGCGGCCUAGGCGCCAUGGAAUCCGACGCGACGCAGCCGCUGCUGGGCAAAGCGGGCCCGAGGUCUGGGGCAGAGGAGCCGGGCCCGAGCGCCCGCCGGCCACGCGGCCUCUUCCUGGCAGCCUUCGCUGCCACCUUGGGCCCGCUGAGCUUUGGCUUCGUCCUGGGCUACAGCUCCCCGGCCAUCCCGAGCCUGCGGAGGACCGGACCCGAGUUCCUCCAGCUGAGCGAUGACGAGGCUUCCUGGUUCGGGUCCCUUGUGACUCUCGGGGCUGCCCUAGGAGGUGUGCUAGGUGGCUGGCUGGUGGACAAGGCUGGAAGGAAACUGACCCUGAUGCUCUGCACAGUGCCUUUUGUUGGUGGCUUCACCCUGGUGAUUGGGGCCCAGAACAUAUGGAUGCUGUAUGGAGGUCGCCUCUUGACUGGCCUGGCAAGUGGAGUCACUUCCCUUGUUGUCCCAGUGUAUAUAGCUGAAAUAUCUUACCCAGAAAUCCGAGGACUGCUUGGCUCUUGUGUGCAGCUAAUGGUCGUCAGUGGGAUCCUCGGAGCAUAUGUUGCAGGGCUAGGUCUGAACUGGUGCUGGCUCGCCGUGCUGGGCUGCGUCCCACCUUUCUUCAUGCUGCUGCUCAUGUGUUUCAUGCCUGAAACCCCAAGGUUCCUGCUGAUUAAGCACAAGAAGCAGGAAGCACGGGCUGCAGUGAGAUUUCUGUGGGGGAUAGAUGAGGAGCAGGAAGCAGAAGAGAAGGAAUGCAGUGAAGUGGAUCAGGGAUUUCAUCUGGCAAGAUUGAAGAAUCCAUCGGUUUACAAGCCAUUUCUCAUCGGUGUGUCACUGAUGGCUUUCCAGCAAUUCUCAGGGAUCAAUGCAAUGAUGUUUUAUGCGGAGACAAUUUUUGAGCAAGCCAACUUUAAGGACAGUAGCCUUGCCUCAGUCAUUGUGGGGGUCCUCCAGGUGGUCUUCACUGCCAUAGCUGCCCUUGUCAUGGACAGAGCUGGCCGGAAGAUACUCCUGUUGCUAUCAGGUGCUAUCAUGGCCCUGAGCUGCAUGCUGUUUGGUAUCUACUUUAAAAUUUCUCUUCCGAGUCCUAACAACUCCUCACAUCCUGACCUCCUCACAUCCUUGAACUCAGAGUCUGCAGGAGCCAACUCUGGACUGCCAUGGCUAGCAGUAUUGAGCAUGGGAUUCUUCCUCAUGGGUUUUUCCCUAGGCUGGGGUCCCAUCCCCUGGUUGCUAAUGUCUGAAAUAUUCCCCCUCAUGGUCAAGGGGCUGGCCAGUGGCGUUUGUGUUCUCACCAGCUGGAUCAUGGCCUUUCUGGUGACAAAAGAAUUCAGCAGCCUCAUGGGUGUUCUGACUCCAUAUGGAACAUUUUGGCUUUUCUCUGCCUUCUGUGUCCUCGGUGUCAUUUUCACAUUGCUCUUUGUUCCUGAAACAAAGGGAAAGACUUUGGAGCAAAUUGAAGCUCAUUUUCAAGGAAGGUGAUGACCUUCUGAUUGAGACUAUCCUUGCCAAGCAAGGGAAGACAACCUGAUCAUAAUGAAAGAAUAGUGAUUUGAGAAUGAGGUUCUUCUGCAUCUCUCACUAUGCAUAAUCUCUCUCCAGAACUCUCAGGCCUUAUCUGGAGCUGAGAGAGCCAAUGCAGAAUAUGUAUGAAAACGAGUUUUAAUUGCUGCUAAAUCUAGUCUGGGUAGAUUUUUUUCUCCCCACAAACCAUCUCUACAGUGCUCCAAGUACCCUCAUUCUUGAGCAGGUUUUAGCCCAGUUAUAUGGGGUGGGGUCUGAAGUUCCUGUUGAAGUGCAUUCCCAUUUAAUUCCAGGUUAAAUUAGCAUGGGGGGGAGGAAACUACAGGAACCUUGAAAUCUUAGCAUUGGUCUCUUUCAUCCAUGCAUUUUCCUUUGAAGAAGGAAAGGGAUGAGACUCAAUUAUUAUAACCAUCUCCCUCUCUUCAGGCUAGCAAAUAAUUUUAGGAAGUGAUUCCUGUUCAGAUGAUUUUUAUCUUUGGCAAUAAUCUAAUCAAGAAGUAUGUCUGUUUUCCUCAAAUAAAGAUUUAUGCUGAAAAUCAA